GCCGGCACUUGUCUACCAAUUUAUGGCGUAAAUGAGGGCGAGUCGUGUCAGGACGACAACGAUUGCGAGCCUGGAUUAAGAUGUCUCGACAAUCAGCCCCUAAUGGCAAUGAGACAAAGACAGAGGACAUGUCAGCCCCCGGGAAGAGAUAUGAUGAAGAAACAGUACAGUGCGUCCCAACCUAUUUCGUGUAUCGGUUCAGUGGACGUCACUUUCGCCAAACCGAGUCCAGCGGUCAGUUCAGGCGCUUAUAGUAACCGUCUCUUCAAAGCCAGAAUCGGA